AUGGCCUCUCAGAGUGGGGCUUCGUCUCAGGCAGUGGAGCCGCUCAGCUUUCGAGAGGAGCUGGAGCGGCGCUUGUCCAGAACUUCCAACAGCGAGGGAUCUGCAGGUUGGACAGCUCUAAAGGCCUCAGCGCAACCCACGCCGGCAGAGCCUUGCACCGAGCACACCGAGCACAGGGAGCACAGGGAGCACAGGGAGCACAGGGAGCACAGGGAGCACAGGGAGCACAGGGAGCACAGGGAGCACAGGGAGCACGGGGCUUCCGUGCUCUCACUGAACCUUGCUAGGGAGCCGGAGGCGAUGCCCCGACCGCUCCACUCGCCGAUUGCUUCUGUCAGCUCCUGCUCAUCUCCGCGAACCUCAAGUGGAUCACGAGGAGCAGCUCACCUAGCCAUGGGACGUGAGAAGGAAGGCGCAUCCUGA